GCCGCCUCCUUCCCCUCCCUCUCUCCGGCCACGGCGGCCCCGCCCGCCACGCCUCUGCCCCUCUCCCCUUCGGUCCUUUCCCCUUGCCCCGCCUGGCCCCCGCUGCCGUUCGGGUGCUUGAGGACUGGGAAGAUGGGGCUGAGACGUUUGCCUGACUGUUGAAUCUGAGCAAUAAUCACUUUUCCCGAGUGGCGCGUGGCCCGUCGCCAGAGGCUUCCUGUUCGUGGUGCCGUUUGGUCCCCUCCGGAGCGGGGUGAGACAGGCCCGACUGGUGCAGUCUGGGUUUUGUGUUAACAUUCCCACUCCCACCCCAGUUGCAGCCAAGGAAAUUGAGGCUGAGGCACCGGGCUCCAGGACCGCGAAGCGGGCCGCCACUCCAGUCCCAGCCCCUCAGUGCAGCUCUUGGAUUGAUCAGACUGAAUGGCUCCAGGGGUGAAGAGGGCACGUUUCCUUUAGAUGCUUCUGCAACGUCGAAAUUGUCUUCUUUGGAAAGAACCAUCCCCUCUUUGGGAUUCAGAGGCCCAAAUGGAGGUGCAAUGAUGAGAGGAUGUGGUGGUCCACUCUGAUGUCAAUCUUGAGGGCUAGUUCUUUUUGGAAGCGGAUAACUGCUCAGACAGUAAGAAUUAUAAGAGCUCUGAGAGCUUAUUUUGAAAGAAUAAUGGAUGAACCAUCUCCCUUGGCCAAACCUCUGGAGCUGAACCAGCAUUCUCGAUUCAUAAUUGGUUCUGUGUCUGAAGAUAACUCAGAAGAUGAGAUCAGCAACCUGGUGAAGCUGGACCUCCUGGAAGAGAAGGAGGGCUCUUUGUCACCAGCUUCUGUCAGCUCAGAUACACUUUCUGAUUUGGGGAUCUCUAGCUUACAGGAUGGCUUGGCCUUACACAUAAGCAGCUGCAACAGGAAGAACUGUGACUUUUGUUUACAAGGCCAAAACCUGAAGAAAAAGAUUCCAUUCCUUUGCCAUCUUUAUAUGGAGGGUUCUGCAGAGGAAAAUAAGGAAAUGAGAGAUUACAUGCUUCACAGGUCUAGCAUGUCUGGCUUGCACCUAGUAAAACAAUGUCGAGACCGAAAGAAAGUAGACUCACAGCGAGAUUUCACUGUGGCUUCUCCUGCAGAAUUUGUUACUCGUUUUGGGGGGAAUAAAGUGAUUGAGAAGGUUCUUAUUGCUAAUAAUGGCAUUGCAGCAGUGAAAUGCAUGCGAUCCAUUCGCCGGUGGUCUUAUGAAAUGUUUCGAAAUGAGCGUGCAAUUCGAUUUGUUGUCAUGGUCACACCUGAAGACCUUAAAGCCAAUGCAGAAUACAUUAAGAUGGCGGAUCACUAUGUACCAGUGCCUGGAGGACCAAACAACAACAACUAUGCAAAUGUGGAAUUAAUUCUUGAUAUUGCCAAAAGGAUCCCAGUACAAGCAGUAUGGGCUGGCUGGGGUCAUGCUUCUGAGAACCCCAAGCUCCCGGAGCUUCUCUUAAAAAAUGGCAUCGCCUUCAUGGGUCCUCCAAGCCAGGCCAUGUGGGCUUUGGGGGAUAAGAUUGCAUCUUCCAUAGUGGCUCAAACUGCAGGUAUCCCAACUCUUCCCUGGAGUGGCAGUGGUCUUCGUGUGGACUGGCAGGAAAAUGAUUUUUCAAAACGUAUCUUAAAUGUUCCACAGGAACUGUAUGAAAAAGGUUAUGUGAAGGAUGUGGAUGAUGGGCUGAAGGCAGCAGAGGAAGUUGGAUAUCCAGUAAUGAUCAAGGCCUCAGAAGGAGGAGGAGGAAAGGGAAUCAGAAAAGUCAACAAUGCAGAUGACUUCCCUAACCUCUUCAGACAGGUUCAAGCUGAAGUCCCUGGAUCACCUAUAUUUGUGAUGAGACUAGCCAAACAAUCUCGUCAUCUGGAGGUACAGAUCUUAGCAGAUCAAUAUGGCAAUGCCAUCUCUUUGUUUGGCCGUGACUGCUCUGUACAGCGCAGGCAUCAGAAGAUUAUUGAAGAGGCACCUGCUGCUAUUGCUACUCCAGCAGUAUUUGAACAUAUGGAACAGUGUGCGGUGAAACUUGCCAAAAUGGUUGGUUAUGUGAGUGCUGGGACUGUGGAAUAUCUGUACAGCCAGGAUGGCAGCUUUUACUUUCUUGAACUGAACCCUCGGCUACAGGUGGAGCACCCUUGUACAGAGAUGGUGGCUGAUGUCAAUCUCCCUGCUGCACAACUCCAGAUUGCCAUGGGGAUCCCUCUGUUUAGAAUCAAGGAUAUCCGUAUGAUGUAUGGGGUAUCUCCCUGGGGUGAUGCUCCCAUUGAUUUCGAGAAUUCUGCUCAUGUUCCUUGCCCAAGGGGCCAUGUUAUUGCUGCUCGGAUCACAAGUGAAAAUCCAGAUGAGGGUUUUAAGCCCAGCUCAGGAACAGUUCAGGAACUAAAUUUUCGCAGCAAUAAGAAUGUUUGGGGUUAUUUCAGUGUCGCUGCUGCAGGGGGGCUUCAUGAAUUUGCUGAUUCUCAGUUUGGUCACUGCUUUUCCUGGGGAGAAAACAGAGAAGAAGCGAUUUCAAAUAUGGUGGUGGCUUUGAAGGAGCUAUCUAUUCGGGGUGACUUUCGAACUACGGUUGAAUACCUGAUCAAACUGUUAGAGACUGAAAGCUUUCAGUUGAAUAGAAUUGACACUGGUUGGCUGGACAGACUGAUAGCAGAAAAAGUACAGGCGGAGCGACCUGACAUUAUGUUGGGAGUUGUGUGUGGGGCUCUUCACGUGGCAGAUGUGAGCCUUCGAAAUAGCAUCUCUAACUUCCUUCACUCCUUAGAAAGGGGUCAAGUCCUUCCUGCUCAUACACUUCUGAACACAGUAGAUGUUGAGCUUAUCUAUGAAGGAGUCAAAUAUGUACUUAAGGUAACUCGACAGUCUCCCAACUCCUAUGUGGUGAUCAUGAAUGGCUCAUGUGUGGAAGUAGAUGUGCAUCGGUUGAGUGACGGAGGACUGCUUUUGUCCUAUGAUGGUAGUAGUUAUACUACCUACAUGAAGGAAGAAGUAGAUAGAUAUCGAAUCACGAUUGGCAAUAAAACCUGUGUGUUUGAGAAGGAAAAUGACCCAUCUGUGAUGCGCUCACCAUCUGCUGGGAAGUUAAUCCAGUACAUUGUGGAGGAUGGAGGCCAUGUGUUUGCUGGCCAGUGCUAUGCUGAGAUUGAGGUGAUGAAGAUGGUGAUGACCUUAACAGCUGCAGAAUCUGGCUGUAUUCAUUAUGUCAAGCGACCUGGAGCAGCUCUUGAUCCUGGCUGUGUAAUAGCCAAAAUGCAGUUGGACAACCCCAGCAAGGUUCAGCAGGCUGAACUUCACACGGGUAGUCUGCCACAGAUCCAGAGCACAGCACUCAGAGGCGAGAAGCUCCAUCGAGUGUUCCACUAUGUCCUGGAUAAUCUGGUCAAUGUAAUGAAUGGAUACUGCCUUCCAGAUCCUUUCUUUAGCAGCAGGGUGAAAGACUGGGUAGAGCGGUUGAUGAAGACCCUCAGAGAUCCCUCUCUGCCUCUUCUAGAAUUGCAGGAUAUCAUGACCAGUGUCUCUGGUCGUAUUCCCCUCAAUGUGGAGAAGUCUAUCAAGAAGGAAAUGGCUCAGUAUGCUAGCAACAUCACAUCAGUCCUCUGUCAGUUUCCCAGCCAGCAGAUUGCCAACAUCCUAGAUAGUCAUGCAGCUACAUUGAAUCGGAAAUCUGAACGAGAAGUCUUCUUUAUGAACACUCAGAGCAUUGUCCAACUGGUACAAAGGUACCGAAGUGGCAUCCGAGGCCACAUGAAGGCUGUGGUGAUGGAUCUGCUCCGGCAGUAUCUUCGAGUAGAGACACAAUUCCAGAAUGGUCACUAUGACAAAUGUGUGUUCACCCUUCGGGAAGAGAACAAAAGUGACAUGAACACUGUAUUGAACUACAUUUUCUCUCACGCUCAAGUCACCAAGAAGAAUCUUCUGGUCACAAUGCUUAUUGAUCAGUUGUGUGGCCGGGACCCUACUCUCACUGAUGAGCUGCUGAAUAUCCUCACAGAGUUAACUCAACUGAGUAAGACCACCAAUGCUAAAGUAGCACUUCGGGCACGCCAGGUUCUUAUUGCCUCCCAUUUGCCAUCAUAUGAACUUCGCCAUAACCAAGUAGAGUCUAUCUUCUUAUCAGCUAUUGACAUGUAUGGACAUCAGUUUUGCAUUGAGAACCUGCAGAAACUCAUCCUAUCUGAAACAUCUAUUUUUGAUGUCCUACCAAACUUCUUCUAUCAUAGCAACCAGGUAGUGAGGAUGGCAGCUCUGGAGGUGUAUGUUCGAAGGGCUUACAUUGCCUAUGAACUUAACAGUGUACAACACCGCCAGCUUAAGGACAACACCUGUGUGGUGGAGUUUCAGUUCAUGCUGCCCACAUCACAUCCAAACAGAGGGAACAUCCCCACGCUAAACAGAAUGUCCUUCUCCUCCAACCUCAACCACUAUGGCAUGACUCAUGUAGCUAGUGUCAGCGAUGUGCUGUUGGACAACUCUUUCACACCACCAUGUCAGCGGAUGGGUGGAAUGGUCUCUUUUCGGACUUUUGAAGAUUUUGUCAGAAUAUUUGAUGACGUGAUGGGCUGCUUCUCCGACUCCCCACCCCAAAGCCCCACAUUCCCAGAGGCAGGCCAUACAUCUCUAUAUGAUGAAGACAAGGUCCCCAGGGAUGAACCAAUUCACAUUCUGAAUGUGGCUAUCAAGACUGAUGGUGAUAUUGAGGACGACAGGCUGGCAGCAAUGUUCAGAGAGUUUACCCAACAAAAUAAAGCUACCUUGGUUGAGCAUGGAAUUCGACGCCUUACUUUUCUGGUUGCACAAAAGGAUUUUAGAAAGCAGGUCAACUGUGAGGUGGAUCAGAGAUUUCAUAGAGAAUUCCCUAAGUUUUUCACAUUCCGAGCAAGGGAUAAGUUUGAGGAGGACCGAAUCUAUCGUCACCUGGAACCUGCUCUAGCUUUCCAGUUAGAGCUGAACCGGAUGAGAAAUUUUGACCUCACUGCCAUUCCAUGUGCUAACCACAAGAUGCACCUGUAUCUUGGGGCAGCUAAGGUAGAAGUUGGCACAGAAGUGACAGAUUACAGGUUCUUUGUUCGUGCAAUCAUCAGACAUUCCGAUCUGGUCACCAAGGAAGCUUCUUUUGAGUAUCUACAAAAUGAAGGGGAGCGUCUGCUCCUGGAAGCCAUGGAUGAGUUGGAAGUUGCUUUUAACAAUACAAAUGUUCGCACAGACUGUAACCACAUCUUCCUCAACUUUGUGCCCACAGUCAUCAUGGACCCGUCAAAGAUUGAGGAAUCUGUGCGGAGCAUGGUAAUGCGCUAUGGAAGUCGGCUGUGGAAAUUGCGCGUCCUCCAGGCAGAACUGAAAAUCAACAUUCGCCUGACACCAACUGGAAAAGCAAUUCCCAUCCGCCUCUUCCUGACAAACGAAUCUGGCUAUUACUUGGACAUCAGCCUAUACAAGGAAGUGACUGACUCCAGGACAGCACAGAUCAUGUUUCAGGCAUAUGGAGACAAACAGGGACCACUGCAUGGAAUGUUAAUCAAUACUCCAUAUGUGACCAAAGACCUGCUUCAGUCAAAGAGGUUUCAGGCUCAGUCCUUAGGAACAACAUAUAUUUAUGAUAUUCCAGAGAUGUUUCGGCAGUCCCUGAUCAAACUCUGGGAGUCCAUGUCCACUCAAGCAUUCCUCCCAUCACCUCCUCUGCCUUCUGACAUGCUGACGUAUACUGAACUGGUGUUGGAUGAUCAAGGUCAGCUGGUCCACAUGAACAGGCUUCCAGGAGGAAAUGAGAUUGGCAUGGUAGCUUGGAAAAUGAGCCUUAAAAGUCCUGAAUAUCCAGAAGGCAGGGAUAUUAUUGUUAUUGGCAAUGACAUUACAUACCGAAUUGGGUCCUUUGGGCCCCAGGAGGACUUGCUAUUUCUAAGAGCUUCUGAACUUGCCAGGGCAGAGGGUAUCCCACGCAUCUUUGUAGCAGCCAAUAGUGGAGCAAGAAUUGGACUGGCAGAAGAAAUUCGUCAUAUGUUUCAUGUGGCCUGGGUAGACCCUGAGGAUCCUUAUAAGGGAUACAAGUAUUUAUAUCUGACCCCUCAAGAUUAUAAGAGAGUCAGUGCUCUCAACUCUGUCCAUUGUGAACACGUGGAGGAUGAAGGAGAAUCCAGGUAUAAGAUAACAGAUAUUAUUGGGAAAGAAGAGGGGCUUGGAGCAGAGAACCUUCGAGGAUCUGGAAUGAUUGCUGGAGAAUCCUCAUUGGCCUACGAUGAGAUCAUCACCAUCAGCCUGGUGACAUGCCGGGCCAUUGGGAUUGGUGCUUAUCUUGUACGGCUGGGACAGAGAACCAUCCAGGUUGAGAAUUCUCACUUAAUUCUGACAGGAGCUAGUGCCCUCAACAAAGUCCUUGGAAGGGAAGUUUACACCUCCAAUAACCAGCUUGGGGGCAUCCAGAUCAUGCACAACAAUGGGGUAACCCACUCUACCGUUUGUGAUGACUUUGAAGGAGUUUUCACUGUCCUGCACUGGCUGUCAUACAUGCCCAAGAGCGUGCACAGUUCAGUUCCUCUCCUGAACUCCAAGGAUCCUAUAGAUAGAAUCAUUGAGUUUGUUCCCACAAAGGCUCCAUAUGAUCCUCGAUGGAUGUUAGCAGGUCGUCCUCACCCAACCCAGAAAGGUCAGUGGUUGAGUGGAUUUUUUGACUAUGGAUCUUUCUCAGAGAUUAUGCAGCCGUGGGCACAGACUGUGGUGGUUGGUAGAGCCAGGCUAGGAGGAAUACCUGUGGGAGUAGUUGCCGUAGAAACUCGAACAGUAGAACUAAGUAUCCCAGCUGAUCCUGCAAACCUGGAUUCUGAAGCCAAGAUAAUUCAGCAAGCUGGCCAGGUUUGGUUCCCAGAUUCUGCGUUUAAGACCUAUCAGGCUAUCAAGGACUUCAACCGCGAAGGGCUGCCCUUGAUGGUCUUUGCCAACUGGAGAGGCUUCUCUGGUGGAAUGAAAGAUAUGUACGAUCAAGUGCUGAAGUUUGGCGCUUACAUCGUGGACAGCUUGCGGGAGUGCUCCCAACCUGUGAUGGUUUACAUUCCUCCCCAGGCCGAGCUGCGGGGUGGCUCUUGGGUUGUGAUUGACCCCACCAUCAACCCCCGGCACAUGGAGAUGUAUGCUGACCGAGAAAGCAGGGGAUCAGUUCUGGAGCCAGAAGGGACAGUAGAAAUCAAAUUCCGCAAAAAGGAUCUGGUGAAAACCAUGCGUAGGGUGGACCCAGUCUACAUCCGCUUGGCUGAGCGAUUGGGCACCCCCGAGCUAAGCCCAGCUGAGCGGAAGGAGCUGGAAAACAAGCUGAAGGAGCGGGAGGAAUUCCUGAUUCCCAUUUACCACCAGGUAGCUGUGCAGUUUGCUGACUUGCACGACACACCAGGCCGGAUGCAGGAGAAGGGUGUUAUUAACGACAUCCUGGAUUGGAAAACAUCCCGAACCUUCUUUUACUGGCGGCUGAGACGUCUCCUGCUGGAGGACCUGGUCAAGAAGAAAAUCCACAAUGCCAACCCUGAGCUAACCGAUGGCCAGAUUCAGGCCAUGUUAAGGCGUUGGUUUGUGGAAGUGGAAGGAACAGUGAAGGCCUAUGUGUGGGACAAUAAUAAGGACCUGGUGGAAUGGCUGGAGAAACAACUGACAGAAGAAGAUGGUGUUCGAUCAGUGAUAGAGGAGAACAUCAAAUACAUCAGCAGAGACUACGUGCUCAAGCAGAUCCGCAGCUUGGUACAGGCCAAUCCCGAGGUUGCCAUGGAUUCCAUCGUCCACAUGACCCAGCACAUCUCACCCACUCAGCGAGCAGAAGUCGUACGGAUCCUCUCCACGAUGGAUUCCCCUUCCACGUAGGAAGAGCUUCCUGCCCAUCCCUGCCCUGCCUCUGGAGAAAAGGGCUACAGCUGCCUCUUACAACUGAAUCCACUGUAAUGAGAAGGCACAGGAGACCCAGCACUGGAGACAGAGUGGCAUUUUGCUUUCCCUUGAAUGUUUCAGGUUAUGCAUGACAUCUGGGAUAUAGGAUCACAAAGCCCAGUCACAACCACCCCGCCGUUCAGUAUUUAUUACCCCAGCUGUGUCAACAGUCCUCUCUCCCUGCACAGGACUCAGAAGGCAAUGAAGGGUACAGCAGGUACCAUGAGCUCUCACUACACUGCCCCGACAGCCCCUUGACCCCGGCACAGGGAUGUGUGAGGAGUUUCCAGGCAGUUAGCAGUCCCCCGGCCUCAUGAGCCUCAGCCACAGGCAGCAGAGGAGGGCUGGGGCCCAGGAGAGAAGGAAACCUCAAGUCCAUCGUUUAUCACCCCACAUUCUGCCCAGCACACAGUAGGCACUGGAGAGGAACCCGCCCCCAUUUAACUACACCAAGAUUUCUGCUUAUGGAGAAAGGCCAGAGCAUGAAAUUGCUGCAAGCUCAAUCAGAACUCAAAGAUGAGGGGAAACCAUGACCCAAGAGCAAAAUAAAAUAGACCAGGUAGUGAUUCUUAACCUAAGAUUGAGGCCCCUAAAUUAACUUCUCUUAGUACACAUGGACGGUGGCUGACCUGCCACCUCUCACCUAGCUCAUGUACCUAGGAGCCGUGAGGUCAGGGUGUGAAAAGCCCAGCCUCUGCCCCUGAUGCACACUCAUGCUGCAGAAAGAAUAGCCAUGAAGGGAGACGUCGCUCUCCUUAGGACCUAGAAGGUUGUCACUGUUAAGCCUGGAGCUUUGACAGUUGCAAGAAGCUAACCGUCAGUGCCUGUAGCAUGGCUCAUCCCUAUUUCUGGGGCAUCUCUCCUAGCAGCUGACAUUUCUGUCCUCCCUGGGCCUCGUCUCCUUCCCUGAAUGUACACAGCAGCAGGCCUUCCCACAGAUGCUGGGAGGACCCGGGGGCAGCUGUGCUCCCAGCACCAGGCACCGGCCUUCCUGGUGUUUGAAGGCUUCCAGGGAUUUCGGAUUCCACAUGACCUUAAGAUCCCUCACAACUCAGUCAUGGUGCUGCUGUCCCCCAUGCUUUCUGGUCCUUCCCUGGCCAGCAGCGGGGGCCUUCACAGGAGUGGUGGAGAGAACAUAUUUUCAACAACCAGUUUAUCCAAGAAAAGAGCUUACUGAUUCCCCCAUUGGUUUUCCUAAAGCAAGAGUGGCAGGUGAUCAGGGCUGGGGUGGCAUCAGUUCCUACAGCUCAGCUAAUUGCAUUUGUCACUGACGACCAAGGAGGAAAUCACUAAGAUGCAGUAGAAGCAGGGGUAUGAAUACUUCUGAACAAGCUACAGUUUUGAGCCUUAACCCUGUAAUUCACACACAAGAAAGGGUUCCGCCUCCCCCUCUUCUCCUUGUACAGAGAGAGCGGCGGAACGUAGCAGUUCUAGAUUGCUGAGGAACACUACAGGGCUGGAUAGCAGCGGGCCCCCUCUAAGAGUCGGGGCCUCAGGCUGCCUGGCUGAAGGUAUAGGUGUUUGGUACUUUCCAAGAAGGGCAGGGAAAAAAUGGAGGAUAAUUCCCAGUCCAGGAAGAAGCUUGCACUUUUGCUAGUUAUUUGCUCACUGGUAAGUAAGAACUGGAUUCGUCUCUGACCAGAUUAUCCCUCUGCACUUUUCUGUAAUAAGUCAAAUCCCACAUGCCCACAGGUGAGAGAAAAUCAUUUCCUCCUCUGGAUGCCUGUCCUGUGCGGGGUGGGCAUGGGUUGUGCUCAUUGAGCUCCCCUUGUCCCACCCAAUUAUGACACAUUUAAAUGAACAAGGUUCCUCUCCAGAACCCUGUAGUGCCUACUCCCCCUUCCCCGGGACAGGGAUUGUCCAUUUGGAGAGUCAGAAAGAGCCGCAGAAGUGAGCAGUCGGAUGUUCCCAGAAAAAAUGACAUAGUGACCAGGACUCGCUGGAACCGAGCUUGCCGUGUUACCUUUCUCUGUUCACAAUGCAGCCUGCUCCCCUCUUGGCGAGGAGUCGGUGGACACACCGCCGCCACGUGAGGAGCCUUCAGUCAAAUGAACUCUUUUCACAUUUUGUUGAAAUAAACCUUCAACAUUUGUAGAAGA